CUUCCCAAACUCCCUCUAUCUCCUUCUUUAUACCAAUCUCUGUGCUCACUCUCUCUCUCUCUCUCUCUCUCUCUCUCUCUCUCUCCUUCCUAACUUUAAUGCUAUUGGCGAUGAUGAAAUCGUCUUCGGUCAAGUACUCCGAGCACAAAACGGUCACUAGUAAGCUCGUUAAAUGCAAUGACUCAAACUCCAUCAGAAUAGUUCGGAUUCAUGUUACAGAUGGUGACGCAACAGACUCCUCCAGCGACGAGGAUGAAGACCCAGUAUUCGCUCAUCAACGAGUCAUCAAGAAACACAUCAACGAGAUAAGAAUUGAAGAUCGUGUGGGAUAUGUAACUGGUGAAUGCUCAAAUUCGGGUCAACAACCACCGAGGAAAAACAAUAAAAAACAGCGGUAUUAUCCAGAGGGUAAGAAGUAUCGGGGUGUUCGACAAAGGCCAUGGGGAAGAUUUGCCGCUGAGAUUAGGGAUCCCUACCGUCGAACAAGGGUAUGGUUAGGGACGUUUGACACCGCAGAGGAAGCUGCAAUGAUGUACGACAAAGCUGCCAUCAAGAUUAAAGGGCCUAAUGCUCUCACCAAUUUCAUAAAACCGUCGGUGAGAACCCCGCCCCCGGAUUUUGAUAUUGCUGGGUAUGAUUUUAGUAAGGAGUCUCAUGGUCUGAGUUCUCCGACUUCUGUUCUUAGAUUUCAGUACACUGAAGAAGCUGUGAAUGAGCCACAAGUUUUGGAGGGUAAUGGUAGCAGAGCGGUUGAAGAGAUUAAAGAUUGGAGAUUUGAUCAGCAAAUAGAGGGAAAUGAUUGGAGACCCGACGAGGGUGCAAAGGAAGAAGAUCCAGUUGAUUAUUGUCUCAAAGAGUUGAUAGAAUUUGAGAAUCAUCCUCCAAUAUUUUUCGAUGAAUGUGUUAUACCAGAUACAAUAUUAAGAGAAGAUUUUACGGAUGUUGGAGUCCAUAUAGAUGGAGAUUUUGGGUCAUGUUUAUGGAACGUGGAUGAGUACUUUUGAGUGCUAAAGCAAAGCUUGCAAAAUUGGGUAAAUGGGGAGUUGGGUAAAUUCCGAGUGGAGUUUUGGAUACUUUGCUGCAUUUUUAUUUUUAUUUUUUUUAGAUUCUCCAUGAGAAUGCAAAGAGUGGCAAUGCAAAUACCUGUAAAAUUUUUAUUUUUAUAGCUCCUCCGUAGUUUAUAAAUUCGGAUUUUGAGUUAAAAA